CCCUCUUAAUAUUUAUCCUCCGAGCCAUGGCUGCAACACCGUCCAAUUGGAACGAAUUCAGAAGCGACACCUUCACCACGCCGUCACCAGAAAUGCUCGAGACGGUCGUCCAUGCGUCCACGGGGGAUUCCGUCUACGACGAGGACGAGGAUACGCUUGCUUUGCAGAAACAAGUAUGUGAGCUCACGGGCCACGAAGCCGGACUCUACUGUGUUUCUGGAACGCUAUCAAACCAGAUAGCCAUCCGGAGCCACCUCAACCGUCCCCCGCACUCGGUUUUGUGCGACUAUCGGUCGCACAUCUUCGUCCACGAGGCCGCCGGACUUGCCACACUGUCACAGGCGAUGGUGACGACGGUUAUCCCUGCCAAUGGGCUGCAUCUGACACUGGAGGACAUUCAGCGCCACUAUAUCCCAGACAAUGGCAACAUCCACAGCGCUCCGACCCGCGUUGUGUCGCUCGAGAACACGCUGCACGGCCUGGUGUUCCCUAUAGACGAGAUCCGCCGCAUCAGCAAAUGGUGUCGUGACAACAACAUUGCGAUCCACUGCGACGGGGCACGGAUCUGGGACGCGGCAGUCGUAAGCGGCGUGUCGCUGGCAGAGUACGGGGAGCUGUUUGACUCGAUCUCGCUGUGUCUGUCGAAGACGUUGGGUGCGCCGAUCGGCAGCGUUCUGGUCGGCUCUGAGAGUCUGAUUCGGGUUGCAAACCAUUUCAAAAAACAGAACGGGGGCGGAAUUCGCCAGGCAGGACCGCUGGCACGCAUGGGCUCGUACGCACUGACUCACAACUUUAGCAAGUUGAGGAUUGCGCACGAGUACGCCGCCGAGGUGGGCAGCUACGCGGAGGAACUGGGUCUCGUGCUGCAGAUCCCCGUGCACACGAACUUUGUGUUCUUGGACCCCGUAAAGAACAUGAUCGACCCGCAGUGGAUCCGCGAGGUGGGCCAGAAACACAACGUCAAGGUUUCGUCGUUGCGCAUCGCGUUCAGUUUCCAGAACACGCGAGAGGCUGUGGACGGGUUGAAGGCAGUGCUGAAGGAGCUGCACAUGCUGGCGCAGCAGAAGCCGUACACGAACAGGACCGGCCACGGAAUUUACUGAAAAGUGCGCUGCUCCUGGCUUAUCUCUAGACUCUUGCCCUUUUGGGCACACCGAGUACAGAGCCGGAAAAUUUUUUUAAUGAAAUAAAUAUUUUACAAUUAAUUAUUUUAUUUCAUGGCUCCCACAGUUGAACAGGUCAGUGAGGUGUUCAACACGAUUCUCGUGUUGGACUUUGGCUCGCAAUAUUCGCACUUGAUUAUUAGACGUCUUAGAGAGUUCAAUGUGUACGCCGAGAUGCUGCCGUGCACCCAGAAGAUCAGCGAGCUGCCUUUCAAGCCUGUUGGUGUGAUUUUGUCUGGCGGUCCGUUUUCCGUGUACGAGGACGGUGCGCCGCACGUCGACCACGACGUGUUUAAGCUGAACGUGCCAAUCUUGGGAAUCUGCUACGGAAUGCAGGAGCUGGCCUGGAUCAACGGCAAGGGCGUGGGUCGCGGCGAGAAAAGAGAGUAUGGUCCGGCAACUUUGACGGUGGUGGACGCCACCUGUCCGCUGUUUGAGGGAGUGGACCACUCGCAGGUGUGGAUGUCGCACCACGACAAAUUGCACUCGCUGCCGACCGGGUUCAAGACCGUGGCUACGUCGGGCAACUCUCCGUUCGCGGGCAUCGCGCACGAGGAAAAACCAAUCUAUGGUAUCCAGUUCCACCCUGAAGUGACACACUCUGUACAGGGCAAAACUCUGCUCAAGAACUUUGCCGUCAAGAUCUGCAAGGCGUCGCAGAACUGGACGAUGGCCAACUUCAUCGAUACGGAGAUCAAGCGCAUCCGGACGUUGGUUGGUCCUUCGGCCGAGGUCAUUGGCGCUGUUUCCGGCGGUGUGGACUCGACUGUCGGUGCCAAGAUAAUGAAGGAGACCAUUGGCGACAGAUUCCAUGCCAUCUACGUCGACAACGGACUCAUGAGAAAGAACGAGACGGUCCAGGUGAAAAAGACGCUGGACGAGGGCUUGGGCAUCAACCUGACCGUUGUCGACGCGUCCAAGCAGUUCCUCGACAAGCUCAAGGGCGUCACGGACCCGGAAAAGAAGAGAAAAAUCAUCGGAAACACCUUUAUCCACGUCUUUGAAAAAGUGGCUUCCGAAAUUAAGCCCAAAGACGGCUCCCAGAUCGAGUAUCUGCUACAGGGAACGCUCUAUCCAGACGUUAUCGAGUCGAUCUCGUUCAAAGGCCCUUCGCAGACCAUCAAAACUCACCACAACGUGGGCGGUCUGCUGGAAGACAUGAAACUCAAGCUCAUCGAGCCGCUUAGGGAGCUGUUCAAAGAUGAGGUCAGAGACCUGGGCCAGCUCAUGGGCAUCCCGGAAGACCUCGUCUGGAGACACCCAUUCCCGGGCCCGGGUCUCGGCAUCAGAGUUCUGGGCGAGGUGACGCCGGAACAGGUGAAGAUCGCUAGAGAGGCCGACUACAUCUUCAUCGAGGAGAUCAAAAAGGCUGGGCUAUACAGAAAUAUCUCGCAGGCGUUUGCAGCUCUGCUGCCAGUGAAGUCUGUCGGCGUGAUGGGCGACCAGAGAACGUACGAGCAGGUGAUUGCGCUGCGGGCUAUCGAGACGACCGACUUCAUGACGGCCGACUGGUACGUGUUCGACGCCAAGUUUCUCAAGAACGUCGCGUCGAGAAUCGUCAACGAGGUCGACGGCGUCGCCAGAGUCACGUACGACAUCACCUCCAAGCCGCCGGCCACGGUCGAGUGGGAGUAGAGACGAGCAAGUACAUAUCAAUUCAUCCCUCGUUCGUACACUUUGCGCGCACAACGACGCUGCUGACGUAAUCGCCGUCGUGGGACAGAGACACAAGAAAGCGUUCGUGCUUAGUGUAGGAGUCGCUAGCCACGUGCGGCCGGCCGUUCGCGAGAUUGUACUUGUACCAGUGGCGCAUGGCAAAGGCCGCUUGGUCGGGCGUGUCGAGCGUCUUGUAAAGCGCCUCCUUGACGCACCACGAGUGUGCGAGUGCGCGCGUGCACGUGUCGAGCUGGCUCUGUUUAGAAGCGCGCACAAACUCGGGCAACUCGCGGUCUGGGUGGAGCACGCGAGCGGCCAGUCUGUGCACAUGCGGCGAUGUGAGGCCGUGGCGGGCUAGAAUGGCC